AGUCAAGAAUUGGGCGCUAAAAUUCGGCGUCGACCUUUGGGAAUUCGGGCGGCACUUCACAAAAAUGAAUCAGAUACAAAACAAAUAUCACGAAUACAACGUGGAAGUGGUGAGAAAAGAUGGCCUGCUGUUGGUGAGGGAGCUGGCUGUUGAAGUUAAGAACCACAUGGACUUCAAGAUGAACGCUGUUAUGCGCAUCAUGGAUUCCGCGGAAGCUGCGGCGUUAUCAGCGGGCAGCACUACCGAUGGUUCUCCGGGUUCUUACUACGACGCUCGAUGGCUGAAUGUUCACGCUGAUGAUGGAACCCUGGCUGCACGAGCGAGGAGACUGUUACUAUCACCCAGCAGACACUUCGAUCAUAUCGCUGUGAACACCAGCUAUAGCGCGGUGCUCAUGCCGCCGUAUAUUAACACGGAAGACCCCGAAGUUCAAAACCAGAUAGCUUGGUCGGAACAUUUAGAUCCGCUGUUUGUUAACAACUAUGAAAUCGAUCCUACAUUGUCAUGGCAGUAUUACGCAUCCUCCAACGGUUUUAUGAGGCGUUACCCAGCGAUGUCGUGGCCGCCAGAAGACGGUUACUCUCACCACGCAAGAGAUUUCUACGACUUCAGGUCAUCGAAUUGGUUCGUUGAAGCUGCAACAUCACCCAAAGAUUGGUGA